ACGACUGCUUUUGCGGACAGAAUACCCCUCAAAGGCAUUGGAACUUUUUAAUUCAAAUGCUUGAUUUAGUCGCACUUGUCGAUAAACAGGUGAUUAUUUCGAGUGAUGCAAUGUUGGCACUUUCGAUAUGCAUCCUAUCCUUAAUUAUAGUGGUUUUGGUUCACUUGACAGUUACCCGUAUUCUUCUUGUCAGACCAGAGGUAGCCGAAAAUUUACGAAAACCUACUGCUUGUAGUGUAUUGCAAAACCAAGUGACUACAGUUGGGCUUAUAUCAGAUGAUUUCCAGCCAGACGGUGCUUGCUGGGUUAACGAAAUGCAUACUAUAAAUCAAACAACCUUGGACGAAUAUUUACAAGAAGUCGGUCAACCGAAACUUAAUUAUACUAUUUAUAUGACGGGUCAAUCUGCUUCAGAAGAAAAUUAUCACAACGGAGAUAAUUCUUUAGCUAGCGAUUUAGCAGGGAAAGCUAUAUUGACCAGAGCUUCUUAUCCGCGAAUGAACACAUUACUCGUUAGCUACCAAGCAGCGCGCUUAGCAACUGGUCUAGUUGCCCACGUCAUACUCACAGGUAUAGGUACACUCACUUCUUCUUUUGGAGUAUACCGAAAUGACUGGGAAAUGACCGCUACUGGGUUUAUUGCUUUAUUUGUAGCUACUGGGCUAGGUUACUCCACUUCCCCAUUUCCCACAAAAGGAAUGACUCAGACAGCAAACAAUGCAUCAACUCAUGAAAGAGAAAUUGGGGCUCGAGACGCUUUGAAACAGCACGUAAAUUUAAGUGGUAAGGGUAUGGAUAGUGAUAUAUCAGCAUGGCAGUUGAUGGGUAGUGAAAACAGCCAUCACCAGUAUCAGAAGAUAGGCGAUAGUAAUGGAUAUGGUCAUCAGAUACUUGUGUUAUUUCGAAAGUCUAAUUUAUCAGUCAAAUCCAAGCGACGUGAUGGGAGAGCAGGUGCUUAUGGUUUGAGAUAUACUUGUUAUGAGCCUAACAAGGAUCCGUUCUUACAACAAUCUCAUUCAGGAGCUAUAUACAACGCAAAUAAUCCUGAAAAUUUUGUUUUGGGAACUCUAACAAUUCAUGGGACUGUUAUAGGUUGUGUCUAUUUUGACCUACCAUGGAACACUCUAAACAGAAACGGUAAAAUUGAGUUGCUGACAGCUCAAAAUCCAGAUACUGGUACAGCAUAGGACGUAUGUAACAGUAAAUACUCUCGUGAGGAUAAUUUCACAUGCUUUACAACAAGUGAAAACUUUGUUGGAUGCCAGGAACGCUGGGACGACAUAAAAAGAAGCCAGAUAACAAGUAUAUUUGGCUGUUUAAAAAUACAUUGGUUUAUAUGUAAUUAGACAAUUAUAUGCUUCAUCCAUGAUUAAGCUAUAAUGAACAUAGGAGUUUUCUAUAUACGCAAGCUAAUACUUACUUCGUGAGAAGAACACUUCAUCCACCAUAAUAGGCCAGCAACAUAUUAAUACUUGAUAAUACACUCUCUGCUAUAAAUUUUGUCUUACAAUUUGAAAGGACUUUGGUAGACCUUGAAGAUUACGAUAAGUCAAAGAAACUUCUUAUGAAAUCAAAAUAUCCGUAGUUUCAGUUUUCACCUCUUAGGAACAUAUUUCAAACUGCCAUUAACUAGAUUACGUAAUAUGCGUGAAAUUCCUUUAUCUUUACUCUUUAUAGAUAUAAAUUUAUAAAGUGUAU